AUGCGAGAAACACAACAUUGGUUUAAUGACAAGGAAGACGACUGGGGUUUCACAUCCAUGUUGCCCCUUUACGAACCUGAGGACAAAGAUGGUGGGUUUCUUGUGAACGGAAAUGUGAAGAUUGUUGCCGAGGUAGAUGUUCUUGAAGUUGUUGGGAAAUUAGAUGUGUCUGAGGAAACUUUAUCAGUUAAAGAAAGCAUAGAUGUUAACGAGUUUCAAGUUCUUCCUUCACAGGUAGAGUUCGUGAACCGACUGUUUGAGAGAUACUCAGACAUUGCAUCAAAGUUUCGACCCAAAAAUCCACAUCUGAAGACAGCUUACAUGAACGUUCUACUCAGCCUGACCAUGAUGAUCCGCCAGUCGCCUGAAAAUCUCUCCAAGGAUGAUCUUGUUGAUGCAUAUGCUGCACUGGGGUCUUUAGGGUGGUUGGAGAAGAAACUCGACGAGUUGUCAGAGAAGAAGGGCAAAGAGGAAGCUUGUGAGAAGUGCUCAGAUCUCGAAACUCUGUUGGAUAAGGAGAAAGCAGAGUUGUUGGCAGCUAGGGCUCCACUGUUGUACGAUGAUUUUUUUUUGGAUGAUUUGAGUUCUUAG